GUGUUAGUGUGUUACCAUUUGAAAUUGAAGGUCUCAGAUUACUAUAUAUAGGUUAAAUUGGAGUACUACUCAAAGAAAAAUACUUAUGACGGAAUUUGACUGAAUUUUUCCUCCAAGUCAAAAGCUUGACUACAUUAGCUGAAUGAUCCUCAUGUUCUCUCUUUCAGCAGCAAAGUAUUGUCCUUUGUUCUUCCAGAAAAUGACUACACAUAAACUCUUUGCAAGAGGAAUCAUGUUUUUCUACGCUUCAUCUCCAUGUCGACAGUAUGGUACGGGAGUUGAUAUUUACAGGUCUUCCAAGCAGUUGAGUGAGUACAUGAAAAUGGGAAGAAUUCGCAACGCACAGAAGCUGUUUGACGAAAUUAUUGAGAAGAACGUUGUGGCAUGGUCAAUCAUGGUCCACGGGUACUCGAAGAACGGUUUUUAUGAAAAAGCGUUAGAAUGUUUUACUGCAAUGCGAAAUUCCGGUUUAGUACCCAAUUCUUUUACCUUUGUGGGGGUUCUUGUAGGUAUCUCUGGGUUGGAGGACAUGGCACUUGCCCGAGUCGUUCAUGGGCUGAUAGUGAAGACUGGGUGGGAGUUCAAUUCAGUUGUGGCUACUGCGCUACUUGAUACUUAUUCAAGGUGUCGGUUCAUAGGUGAUUCUUACAAGGUUUUUGAUACUAUAAGAUUGGAAAGUGUGGUUCCAUGGAAUGCAAUGAUGAGUGGAUUUGUGUAUAAUGAGCUUUUUACAGAGGCAUUUUUUCUGUUUAAUCGAUUCCGGGAGUCUGGUUUUGCCCCUAAUGCUGUGACAGUAAUGAUCCUUACCCAAGGCUGUGUUGCCAUGAAAUCUAUGCAUCUUUGUGAAUCAGUUCAUAGUCUUUGUAUUAAAUUUGGUAUUGUUCAUGAUACAGAGGUUAGCAAUGCACUUCUUUCCAUGUAUUCAACUUUGGCAGACUUACAUGUGGCUGCAGAAGUGUUCAAUGCAAUGGAAGAUAAAGAUGUUAUUAGCUGGUCAACAAUGAUGAGCUUAUUGGUCCGACAUGAAUAUCCCUCUGAUGCUAUAAAGCUUUUCUUUGAAAUGAAAGAUUUUGAGGCCAGUUAUGACACCGGUGUCCUAGUGAAUCUCAUUUCAGCUUGUGGGCUUCUGGGAAAUUUAAAAAUGGGCAAAUCUGUUCAUGCUCAGACUAUCAUUAAUGGUUUUGAAUCGAACAUUCAUCUGGCUAAUGCCAUAAUCACAAUGUAUGCAAGAUGUGCGGAUUUAGAUUCCUCUACAACUUUGUUUGACCAAUCAACUAAGAAGAAUGUGGUUUCAUGGACAUCUAUGAUUUCAGGGUUUCUGCUUAACAGGAGGCCUAGGGAAGCACUUGAUAUCUUCAUUGGUGCAAGAAAGGAAGAAGGUUUCUCUGCUGAUCCGAUAAUUUUGGUAAAUACACUAACUGCAGCAGGUGAACUAGGUGUAUUGGACCUUUGCAUGCAGCUCCAUUGUUAUGCUUUUGUAGCUGGAUUUAUAAAUUAUUAUAGAUGUGUGCCAAAUUGCCUCAUAUCAGUUUAUUCAAAGUGUGGGAAUGUGGAACUUGCACAUAGUGUUUUUAUGUAUAUGAGCUGGCUGCGCGAUGUUAUUUCUUGGAAUACUCUUAUUUAUGGGUAUGGGAUUAAUGGCCAGGGAGAGACUGCUCUAUCUCUAUAUAACGAGUUUAGGAAGUGUGGAGGAAUACCUGAUGCCGCUACGUACCUGUGUGUUUUGAGUGCUUGCAGUCGUGCAGAAAUGAUAAAUGAAGGUUUGAUGAUUUUCAGUAAGAUGCUGGAAGAAGAUAACAUAAGAGUUUCUGAAGAGCACUAUGGAUGUGUUGUUGAUUUGCUGGCUCGGGCAGGUUACUUGUCUGAUGCCAGUGAAUUAAUGGACGGUAGAGAUCAAAAUGCUUGGAAGGCUUUACUGAAUGGCUGUGUGCUUCAUGGUGAUAUGAAAUUGGCAGAGGUUGCUGUAAGAAGGUUGCAUGAACAGGCCGAGGCAGACCCUGAGCAGGCUGUGCUUCUGUCAAAUCUUUAUGCAUUAGUUGGGAGGUUUCAGGAUGCUGAAGCCUUGAGGUUGAACAUGGUGGGGAAGAAAUCGAUGAAAGAUCCAGGGUUAAGCUUUCUCAGUGGUAAUCUAUAUAAUGGUGGUUGACAAUUUGACAUCCAUGUUACCGAUCAACUAGUACAACAGCUGUGAUCUAACGUUGUAAACGUGGAUGCUGUAUAAAAAGGGUGUUGUUGAAGCGUGCAGACAUGAACCUCAGCAGAGGAUGCUCGAGAGGAACAAAUCUGCAAUCAACUAUGUCACAUUGCCAUAGUUUCAGCAUGAGGGUGUCGGAUAUCCUAAUAGCGAACUGGAAAUUCCUUUGGGCUAUUAACAUAAUCAUUUUUAAGAUGCUACAAUGGCUUGGCACAUUCUCCAAUCUGCAGACCAACUUAUUCCCAAACCUCACUCUUCUCCUUGUUUCAGCAACCUCUACCUUCUUGCUGGUGUUUCUUGGGCUUAUGUUUGACAUAAUGGCAAAACUCAGGCGCCGUCCUUCAAACGUCGUUGGCCGGAAGAUAUGUAAAGGUGGCAUUUGCUGGCAUGAUUGUUCCCAUGUCUGCAUUGUGUAUGACUACUAGAGGUAAUAAUGGUGAAAAUCAAGAUUAAAAUUUUUAUUGGCUACAAUGAGAGAAUAAGAGAAGAAAGAACAAGUUGGAGGGUUGUGAUUAUUCCGGUGCCAAUUGGGGUGCUGGUUGAAUUAGUCUCAUGGAUAUAAGGAUAUUUGAUUACUCAGUUCAACAUUGCAAACAAUUGUCUGUUUGCAAUUUACUAUACAACUUGAAAACUUUUUCUGUAAUCAUGUCUUUUGUCAUGUAUUGAAUUUUAUAAUAGUUAUGUAA